UUAAAGCGGAAUUCACUUCAUUCUCCUAGGGCAACAUUCCUCUCUGUAUGUCGCAAUCUUUGACGGUCCCUUUACCUAUCCUUCAGCUCAUAACUCUUCGGCAUUUUGCGGAAGGUCAUCUGCCCUUUAAAAUCAUACAUAGUCCCAUGGCUCACUCAAGGGCUCAUAUCUUCGGACCAAGCUCAACCGCUCCGUCUCCCCUUCCGAAUCCAGAGAUUGGCGCUGCUCGUUAUCGACAUCUACCCGUCAUUUCAAUGUGCUACAAUAUAGACUGAGGCUCAAGUUCAUUACUCCAACCACCAGAUCAUAAGCUAUGCCGGAUGAAUGUUCCGGUGCUUGGAGAGCAUAGAGUAAUACAUAUCUUACUUGGUUUAAGAUCACCAAACACGGAGACUGGGUCGUUAGGCAUCAACUCCCCCGGACAUGUAAGCUGACAUAUACAGAACGAUGUAAGAAAAAGCAACAAGGCAUCCAAUUCGGCUGACAUUCCAGUUCCGCACAACUAUCAGGUGUAUUCAACUAGCCUCAUCAUGAAGGUUUAAUCUUUUCACUGGCAUGAGUUGAAGGCAGAUUCUUUCAAAGAGGCAGUACGGACCGAUAGUCCUAGAAUUACCACCCAUCGCUCGAAGCUACUAAAUCAUACGAUAGGUUAACGUAAACUCAGAUAAAUCCUCAUUGAUUCUUCAUCUUUUGUCGCUCGGAAGUAGCUAGACCACGUACUGUCCGAUCACGUCUGUACAAUUUCUGAAUCUUCCAGAGCGCCUAGUACUUGCCAGGUAUUUGAUGGCACAUAGCCCUACUCUUAGCAGGCUGCCAAGAAUAUGAGAAUGGACCAUUUGGAUAGAGGAUUUUUAUUUAGAACUUCGAGUUAAAAG